GCAGUCUAUUAAAGGGACUAUGACACCUGCUUCCCUCCGGUUGAUGGCGAGUAGGAGGGCCUGUCCCUGCCCAGACGAGAGGUGUUUCAUAUUGCACAUCACCCAUGCUUUAGGGGAAAGUACACUAGAGCACUCCUCUUGGACAUCUGCUGAGAAACUCUAAACAGGAACACACUCACUGACACAAACACAAAGCCAUCGUACAGGAAGCUUGACACACUCUGAGGUUUGUGUACGGGCCAACCAGAAGACGAGAGGUGGAGGCCACGCUCAUUCGACAUCAUCGAUCCCAACCUCACCAGUGUUUUCGCCUCAGUUCGCUCACUCUUCUCCUGCACUGAGGCUGUCGGGCAUCAUGUCUCUAUCUGCCGAGUACUGCAGUGAUAAUACGGGUGACAGGGGUGGCGGUGGUGGAGCUCUGGCCCAUCAGAGGAAGAUGAUACGGGGAUUGCUGGUUUGGGCCACCCUGCUCACUCUAGGCCUGGCUGCGUCAAUAACGCUGCACUUCAUUGAAAGAAAACCACCGGCUCCUGAAAAACUGCAGGAUCAAAGAAUCCCCACCCAACAGCCAAAAGUCAUGGACAUGAAUCUAAUUACAUUUUCACCAAACUACUUGUUUACAGGGGAUGGAAGAGACAUGGUUGAAAAACUCCAGUGGAAGACCGUGAGUCCUUCUGGCUUCAUUGAGGGAGAUAAAGAGUUGAGGGUGAAGGACGAAGGCCGAUAUUUCCUGUACCUGCAGGUUACCCUUAACCCUCAAAUGACAAAAAACUAUACAAUAACUGUGGACUCAAACAAUCGAAAAACCAUUUUAAAAGGUCUCAUCAAUAAACCAAAACUCUCAACUGGUUUCAUGGGUGUAGGGAUUUCCAUGAAUAGAGGAGAAACCUUAACUGUGAUCUGCGAACCUGCAGCCAAAAUCUCGGACUCUCCCACUGAAACCUACCUGGGUGUGAUCAAGCUUCAUUAAAUCUGAAUGGAUCUGAAAUGGAUCUGUGACAGUAUGAAUGUGGACUCACUCCGCAGAGUGCUGAAACGCACUGAUCUGCUGGGUUUUGAAGUACACUGGAGGCAGUGUACGACAUGUUUGAUUUGGUAAGAAAUGUAUAACUUUUUUCUAUUUAUUUCUUAAAGUGACAUCUCCAAAGCUCUCUGCCUUUAUUGCACUAUAUUUAAGCUUUUCUCCACUCGAUGGAUGAUGUGUUACUGCAAAGCUGAAUUCUGAUUGUUAUUACCAAUAUAAAAUUGGGACCCUAUUGAUGCACUUUGUAAAUAAAUAUAUUUGUGUGCAAUUGACCCUUCGCUAAGGCCCUGAACUGCUCCAUAUGUUUCUACAACAUACUCACUUUGGUAUUGUGAACCCUUUUAUUUAUUGUCCACACUACAAAACCUGAAUCAAUAGAAAAAAUGAGAUAAAGUUAGUAACAUUCAUUUAGGUCUUCUUACUGAUGUUGUACAUUUAAGGUCAACUCAUCAUUUAAUCUUUCAAUAUUUAAAGAGAAAGGGGGAUUUGUUUUCUCUCUUGUUAUCUUUUGUCACUAUUAUAAGCUCCUCAACAACAAUAUUUCUGGAUUAUUUAUGUAAAAUCACAUUUAAAACUAGUCAAACACACAGAAUCUUCAUACACUGAAUAGAGCGGGGUUAAAGGGUCAAGUGCAGACAAAGACGAAUAUCAGAAUACCUCCCUUUAAUUAACACAUACUACACUCACUUAAUAUGGCAAUAUGGCUACUAUGCUAUUUCAAAUUUAGCCUGAAGUUUUCGCCAACUAUAAUGUCAUUGGUCAGGUGGCGUAUCAAGAGAGCCAAGCCACUGAAAGUAUGGAUAUCUGUAAUUGUAUUAUGUGUAUGUGUGCUUUCUUUUUUUUUUUUUUUAAUUUUAUAUCAUAUUUAUCUGUAUUUAUGGCUGUUGGUUACACAGUAGCAACAAAGUGUUUCCUUAGAUACUUAAAAUGUAUGAUUUAGAGAACAAAUAUAAAGAAACCAAUAAGUCCAACACAAUCUCAUGGCAAUUCAUAACUAUUUUACGUUUUGGUGAAUCUCAUUUGUACGAUCUGUAACAUUACGAUUUCCUGUGAGAUCAGGUUGAUAAGUCAUUGGUUUAGAUAACAAAUUUUAAAUGAAGAAGCAAUUCUUUAAACAAAUACAUCCGUUCGUGCAAAAUAUUUCUCUUAAAUUUUCACCAGAUGAUAGUGAAUGAUAGUGUACUGAUUUAAAACAGAUAUACAGUUCAAAAUGAAGACUUUAAUGAAGAAAGGUGACACUUUAUGAUUGCUGAAUGCGACUGGAUCAUGAUCAUAGUUGUGAACAGUGAUCACCAUUAUGGUGAACAAUGCCUGUGGUUACUAAGACCCUGGUAUGAAACUGAGGAGUGACAUCAUACAUCACCUUGACAACAGCUGUUUAAAAGUUAUGCCAAAAAAUGGCUCAGAAAAGUUACAUAAAUUAAAUUAAGUCAUAUGUCAUGAAAAAGGACAUUUCAUGUAUAAAAUAUACAGUAUCCUCUGGCUGGAAUCCAAGGAUCUAAUGUUAUGACAUUUUAAAGUGACUUGAGUCACUUUUUGGGGCUAAAUUAAUGUUUUGUUUUGUAAUAUUACUCAAUGUCUUAAGAUAUCCUUUCAAAUAAAGUUACUCAUUUUGUGUAGGUUUGUGCGUAUAUUUUAUCACAGAUAUAUCUGACAAAAAAGCCUACAGUUGUAAGACAAUUAUUUGAAUAAACAACUACCUACUUCC